AUGGCUUCCCUCCUCGAAUCCGGCUGGCAGUAUUUGAUCACACAUUUCAGCGAGUUUCAAUUGGCUUGUCUAGGGAGUUUCUUCAUUCAUGAGAGCGUCUUCUUCUUAUCUGGACUUCCUUACAUAUUCCUUGAAAGGGCAGGGUGGUUUAGCAAACACAAGAUUCAGCUUAAAAACAACAGUCCAGCUGCUCAGGAGAAAUGUAUUACUCGUCUGAUUUUGUAUCACUUCGGUGUCAAUCUACCAGUUAUGCUUGUGUCCUAUCCCGUCUUUAAGCAUAUGGGCAUGAAAAUCAGCCUUCCAUUGCCUUCAUGGAGGGUAGUUCUAACUCAGAUACUUUUCUACUUCAUCUUGGAAGAUUUUAUAUUUUACUGGGGACAUCGAAUUUUACAUACCAAAUGGUUGUACAAGCAUGUGCACAGUGUCCAUCAUGAGUAUGCUACUCCAUUUGGUCUGACAUCUGAAUAUGCUCACCCUGCUGAGAUAUUGUUCCUUGGAUUCGCUACUAUUAUUGGUCCUGCAAUUACUGGGCCGCAUCUAUCUACGCUGUGGUUAUGGAUGGUGCUUCGGGUUCUUGAAACAGUUGAAGUGCAUUCAGGUUACCAUUUUCCAUGGAGCCUGUCCAAUUUUCUUCCUCUAUAUGGAGGUUCUGAUUUUCAUGAUUAUCAUCACCGCUUGCUUUAUACUAAAUCUGGAAACUACUCGUCAACUUUCACAUACAUGGACUGGAUAUUUGGCACCGACAAAGGUUACAGAAAGUUGAAGGCAUUGAAGAGCGACGAAGAUGAACACAGCAGCAAGAAGAUGUGA